UUUUUUAUUGAGUAAAAGUUGAAGAAUUUUGGUAGUCAUUGUGUAUAUAUUUAUAUUUUAGAUGGUCUGAUUUACCUUCUCGACAAUUCUAUGAAAAUAAAGCCUCUCAAACAUUUUAUGAUUAUUUACGUGAACGAAAUCGAUCAAUAGAUUCAAAUAAAAUUGUUCUCGAUCUUAUUAAAGAUAUGAUGCGUCUUUUUAUGAAUGAAUUUACAUCUUUAUAUAAUUAUUCACGUUCAGUUCAAUCAAAUAUAUCUAAUGCUAUAAUUAUGGCUUGUACACAUGAUGGUUAUGUAUUAUGUGAUGGUAUUCCACAUAUGAAUGAAGUAUGGCCUGGUAUUCAUAUUCGAUAUAUUCCUCAUGGACAUGUUAGUGCAUUUUUAUUUAAUCAAUCAGGUUUUAAUCAUGCUGCUGCUGAAAUGUUACAACGACAAGAACCAAAUGUAAAACUAAAAAAACAUCUAAUCAUAUCACCAAUUUCUGUUACUACACCUAAAAAUUCGUGAAGAUAUAUAUAUUUUUUCAUAUAGAUAUUUUCUCGAAAAGUAGCAAAUAUUUCCUAGUUUUUGUGGUAUGAUUUGAAUAAUAACUCAGAGAAAAGAAAACUUUUGAUCGAAUAUAAACUAGAUAAUAUAUUAAUCGUUUUGUUUUUUAAAUAUAAUUUGUAUGACUCUAGUAAAAACAUGAGCAAACAUUUUUUUUUGUCCUAUUUAUCAGCAAAUAGAUAUUGAGAGAACUUCUCCAACUGAUAUCCUCUGUUCGAGCUCAUAGGUAAGACUCAUAGUCAUGAUGAAAACAUUAAACAUGUUCGUGUUCUUAAGCCUUUCAUGAUUGUUCUAUUAAAUUUUCAGCAUAUUACAGGAUAUUAGCAAAAAAAACUGCAAUAACGAGUCUCCAUUUGAAACUUUCUCCCAAUAACAGAUCUCAUAACAAUUAUUACAUUCUAAAAGUUUUAGCUCAAACAAAUGGAUCCAAGUCAAUCAAUCAGACAGUGAGAUCAGUCACAGAUUCUUGCACGUUCAUACAAGAUCGUACAAUUUGAUUUCACUAUAUUGUUUGAAUCCUUUACAAUAACCCAUACAGGUUAGAGUUCUCUUCUUUAUAAAUUACCAUACCAUCCAUACGCAUACAUAGCCAACAUUUAAAUUUCUAGUAGCAUAACCGGAUACAGAUUUAUUUAUAUACCUUUAAUCAGAAUUGGAACUGGUCUUUUACCCCUCAUUUGACAGAGCGUCCCCGAUAACCCUAGGAUCGGCUCCAACAUGACUAGCAGUUGUCCUCAUAUUAAGAGAGAAAAAUCCUCCUGAAAUCUGAUUGAUUCAUUUUUCGACCAAUCAGACACCGGAGAAACAUACGAAUUUCCAUUGUGAAGACUCCAUCCUUUUAGGAUGGAGAAAAACGUCUACCGUUGAACUUUUAAGGCGAUGUUUUUUUUACCUUUGACCCCGACAAACAAACAGACAAACGCAUUUUGUGUUUUUUUCGUAUGGCCC